AUGGAGCUCCACGAGCUUGCCUCGCUCCCGGAGAUCGACGCCCUCGCCGUGGAGCAGCAGAUCGAUGUGCUGCCCGGGCCCGAUGUGGUGCUGGUCGGGCUCCACAGCCUGCGCGAAGCUCCCGCCGCGCUGGAGCGCCUCGAGCUCCACCAGGCUGAGCAUGACUGGCGUACGCUGAACCUCAGCCAGGUGAGGAUGGCCUCUUCCCUGGUCGACCUUCUGAUCAAGAUGGAGCGUAGGCUGGGCAGGCUAGCUCGGGCCAUACUGAGGAUGGAAGCUGCGUCCACGCAUCUGGAAGAUGUCAGCGGUAAAGUACAGAGUCAUUGUUCUCAAAUGGCUGGCCCGUAUGGAAUUUACCUGGCAUCGCGGUCGGGGAUCAAUGCCAUGGGCCGGCUCGACGCCAACGAAAGAGAGAUCAACGACCUGCUAAACGGCGCAGUGGCCAAGGCAAAGUCUCAGCGCUGGUUGACCUCCUAUGAAGAUUUCUACCUUGGUCAGAUGCAGCAGGCCUUGGUCAGCCUACAGGACACAAACCAUGCUGUCGUGCGUCGGAUUGACCGUGUUCGCAAGCUUGUUGACCGACUUCAGGUGUUCUGGAAGCCAACCCAAGAAGAGCUCAGACAUGCCUUAUCAUUGGGCGAUCCAGAGUUGAGGGGGAUAGCACGUAGAGUCUCUUCAUUCAUUCGCAGAUUGCUGGCCAGGAUCCCUACCAGGGGCAAUGAUGUUGUGGAUUUCAUCAACAUGCGUCAGCACCGAGUCAGUAACCGCCUCAACAGGGCUAUUUAUCUGAACCACCAACUAUAUUCUGGACAAUUAAAUGUCAGAUCCCUUCGUGACCUGAAUGAAGUUUCUGCCAUCUCUGCACCCCACAACGCAAAUGCCGGGCUUCCGGUCGCUGUCCGUCAAGUGCAUGUUCAGAUUCAGGGGCUAAAUGUGUUGUCAGCUGCUACUGCCAUGUUUGACAGGGUUUAUGAAGGAAUAGAGCAGAUGGGCUGGACGGUGCAGGGCCUCGGCGCCCUCACCACUGCUAAACAGCUUGAUGAUAGCCUUGUUGCAUUCAGAUCAACUAUCUACCGUCUCCGCAACAUGGAUGUCGUUGCCCCACUUGGCGAAGUUCUUAAACCUGAAUUAUUCAAUGAGAUGAAGCAGCAGGCCUUAGACAUCAACCAGAUCAUGUUCGAUGGUCCUGGAUCAGUUGUGUGUGAAGAUGUUGGUCAGUUCGUGGAAAUGGUGAUUGAGGUUUGGCGGGAUUCGAGGUUACCCGAUGAUGACCAUAAUAUACAUACUAAACUGUGCAAGCUUUGGACAGCACUGGACUUUGCGCGAACAGGAGAAGUCUUCUUUAGAGGGGCCUGAAGGUCCUCCUAUCUGGUUUUGCUAUUCUGCAAGUCCUCCUAUCUGCUAUGAAGUUUUUUCUAUUCUGCAAGUCUGGGGAUCAUGUAAAAACACCAGUAUUCGGUGGGCACUUCGAGAUAAGAUGCUGUCAUUGCUAAUCGGGUCAAGGCUACGACUGAGACUCGAGAUCUUAUCAAGAGAUUCCUCUGCUACUGUUGUUCAAUUGUUGCUACUUUAGUUCGUUUGCUUGCAAAACGUUUGAGAUGUACUCCUUUGGGCCAUACUAUGACUUGGUCGAGUAAAAGUUGUGAUAACAAUCUGGAUGCAUAUUAUGUCUGCUCGUAGCUUUAGAUUUUGUGACUUUAUGUGCGACUUGUUAAUUUAAUAUAUGCUAAAGCUCAAACAUA